CGCCGCCGCCCGGCAACAGCGCUAACCCGUUCAAAGGCCCCUCCCAAACGUCCGCGCGCCGGUACCCCAUAUUAAUUAAGCUCGACCCUGGACAUCGACUGCGCCCGCGCCAAACUCUGAGAGCCGUCCUCCUCUCGCCAGGGCCAGGCAUGCUCGUGCGUCUGCUCCCAACGACCCUCGCGACCUGAGCUGCACCCCGAGACCCGCGCGAGCUAUCCUUUGGCAUGGGCGCCGUCAACAGCAAGGCCGGCGACGCAAGUGGCCUAUUCCUGCGCGACCAAACACGAUUUUCGGUGGCCUCGCUCAACAUCACAAACAGCCGCAAUCGCACGCUCCUGACCAUCGCGCCGAAUGCCUUCCCCGCGACGAGAUACAGCGCCAAGCGGGAGCUGGGCGACGACAGCGUGAUCGAGUACAUCCAGGACCCCGAAUCCCCUGCGUCCGCCGACGCUCCGCCAGCCUUCCUCCUCCGCCUGCCCAACGACGAGGAGCUCUCGUUCAAUUUUACCUUUAUCCUUCGCCAGCAUCUGGCUGUGCCCAGCAUAUACAACACAAAUAGCGCCCCCGCAGCUGCACAAUCCGGCUUGAUCGACACGGUCGUCAAUGGACUGACGUUCGUCUUUGCCUCGAGCUCGCGCGAGCUGGAUAACCUGGUCACGCGCGAGUUCCACGCCAACCCCAAUCUCCACAAGAACCCGCAGGUCGAGCUGGUUGGGGACUAUUCGACGGGCGGGAGCUCCUCGGUGCAGUUUCACUGGUCUUGGAAAUGGAGUCCGCCGAAGACGAAUGAGGGUCGGGGUGGAGGCUGGCGUACUAGUUGCAGUUUUGUCGAAUACGACCAGCGGGCGCAUAAGCUUGACACGUUGGCGAACUUUGCCUUUUGGGUGCAGAACACCUCACGGCCUGUCCACAGCCCCAAAUCGCCAAUACCGCGACUCGAACUUUGUGUGCCGCCCCGGUUGCGCGUCCCUUCUGCCCAGUCGGUGAGCUCGCGAGUGAGCGAUUCGGCCGACGAUGACAAGGAUUGGGAUGCCGUGCCACCCAGGUCGCCCAUUUUCGAUGCGAUACCCGAACACAACCUAGGGCUGGUACCGAGUCAGGCUACGACAUUCACGAGCAACUACACACCGGUGAAGCUGGAUGUUUCGCGGCCUGGCGAAGACCUCAGCCACAGUGACGAUGGCCCUCUCUUCCGAGCGACCAUGAAAUCGCUGGAGCAGAAGACUGGCAACAUGCGCAUGAGGUGGAAGAAGGUCCUGAAGCGGGCUGAGGCUGCCAUGGAAGCACAGGUGCAGUGCAAUAAUUCCAUGAAAGAUCUGAUGGAUGCGCUGAAGGAGGCCUCGUCAUCAAAUGCAAACGCUGUGCAGCCGGCUAUCGACCACUACUUCGACAAGAUUGCCAAGGAAAUCCUGACCUACGAGCGCUCAAAUACCACAAACAUCCAGAAACUCAUCAUUGAUCCUAUACACAAACUCUACACCAUCGAUAUCAAGCAGGCCGAGACCAAGCGCAAAGAUUUUGAGGAAGAAAGUAAAGAUUACUAUCAAUAUCUUGGCAAGUAUCUUGGGCAGCGGCAAGACUCGCUCAAGGAAAAGAAGCGCGUCGAGACGGACUCGAAGUACCAAACAAAGAGGCGGAACUUUGAGCUGAAGCGAUUCGAUUAUUCCUCCUUUAUGCAGGAUUUGCACGGUGGUCGGAAGGAUCAGGAAGUGCUGUCUGCCCUGACAAGAUAUGCCGAUGCACAAGCCAACAAUUACCUCGAGACGGCCAAGAAGAUCGAGAGGAUGCUUCCACAGCUUGAUUUGUUGAGUCUCGAGGUCAAGGAAGCAGACAAGGAAUAUCAACUCCAGAGAACAGAGCGAGAAGAGAAGAGGCGGGUGUUGGAAAAGGCCAAGAAGACUUUCGACGAAUCGUCAUCCCAGCAGACCGCACUAACAACGACCAUAAACGGCGUCUUGCCACGCUUGCCAUCCAGCUCAGAUGCAGAGAUUCCAAGACGGAAAGGGAGUAUAGCACCGAUAUUUCACAGCACUGUCAGUCCCCCACAGACUAUGGCAUCGAUGAACAGCUCCACAGUCACGUCUCCCAUAAGCCCGGAGAUGAAUAGGGCGAGUCUACCUCUCAUGAGCCAGCAGUUAGACAAGUUCAAAGGGAUCAGAGACCUCGAGGAGAAGAACUAUGCCUUGCCGGUAGAAGAGGGAUCGGGUGCACAUCGCAAAGAAGGGCUUUUGUGGGCACUGAGCAGACCGGGGAGUCAUGUCGAUCCCAAGGGCUUGAAUAAGCAGGCGUGGCACAAGUUCUGGAUCGUCCUUGAUCAAGGGAAGCUCUCGGAGUACACCAAUUGGAAGCAGAGCCUCGAGCUGCACAUGGAUCCAAUUGAUCUCCGCAUGGCUUCUGUUCGGGAAGCGCGUAAUGCAGAACGUCGGUUUUGCUUUGAGGUUAUCACGCCUCAUUUCACGCGUGUGUACCAGGCCACGAACGAAGAUGAUCUGAGGUGCUGGAUUAGCGCGGUAAACAACGCACUUCAAACUGCUGUCGAGUCAGCUGGUAAGACCAGCCGGCCGUCGACUGAUUCCCUACCCGGACAGACUAGACGCGACAUCGCUUCGGUGUUGACAGGCAAGAGUCCGUCAUUGUCGAGCCAUCGGAAUACCUAUACCCCCAAGACACCAGCUCGACAUGCCACGGUUGGUGACAGGCCUGGCUACAGAAGAGAAGAGUCGACUGGCGAUGAAGGAAAACUUCUGAAACUGAUCCGGGACGUGGAUGCUGGCAACAAAGUGUGUGCCGAUUGCGGAACUGAGAGCAAGGUCGAUUGGGUCUCGAUCAAUCUUGGUAUUGUCAUUUGCAUCGAAUGCAGUGGCAUCCAUCGAUCGCUAGGGACGCACAUUACAAAAGUGCGAUCUCUGACCCUCGACGUCACGUCUUUCACUCCCGAUAUUGUCGAGAUUUUCCUCAAAAUUGGCAACCGUGUCAGCAACAUGAUCUGGGAGGCGAGACUGGAUUUCACACUGAAGCCGGGACCGAUGUCGACGCGAGAGCAGAGGCUUCGCUUCAUCACUUCGAAAUAUGCCGAUCGAGCAUAUGUCGCUCCCAUCUCCCCUGUGGUGUCUCACUACGGGACUUCUGAGGAGACUCUGUUGGCGUCGGUUAAGAAGAACGACAUCCAGAACGUUCUCUAUGCUCUGGCGUUACGCGCGAACCCUAACGCGCGCGAUCGUUCAAGAGGUACUCAUGUUGUGUUUCUAGCCCUCGCCGCCGCGGACCCAGCAUCGCCAUCAGCCUCUGCAUCACCGGCUGUCUCCCCUGCUCCUGGAGCUGCUCGACCAGUAACCCCUCAACCGACACGGAAGCCCUUCCCCGUUGCCGAACUCCUUCUUCAAAACGGCGCAGAGCUCCCGUUACAGCCAGCACCAAUCCCGCUUAGUCUCGCCGCACGCGCCUAUCUGGACUUCAAAGCCGACCAGCGCGCGGGCAAGCGAAUCACACCAAUAGUAGCAAGUCAGCCCGACCCAAACAUCGACAAGCUGCCCUCACUCCCAAGCAUCAUGGCUGGCAACGGCAGUAGUCCCGCCGAGCGAGCGCGAGAGCGGGACGCCCGGCUGCAGAAACGCGUAUCUGCAAGCGGAAGGUUGGUCAAGAAUCCAGCGACUGAUCCGUAUGAAGGUAAGCGCGGCUUUUAGGACUAGCCGACGCUUACGUGUUUCUUUGUUUCUAGUAUGUACCUUCCGUGGACGCAGUGCGGAAUCGUGCGAUGGGCUUCGACGGGAUAACGGGACUGGGUGGAUUGCUCGGCGUUGUGGGUAGUGGGACUCGAAAGACGAGUGGGUCGCUUUUUCGACUGGUGUUGGAUUUGUGUCGUCUUGGAUACGCUGCAUGUUCUGUGUGUGUGCAUGGGCUGGGAUGGGUUUCAGCGGUGUUUGUUGUUGUUGUUGUUGUCGUUGUCGUCGUUGUCGGCUCGUGUUUUGAGUCACUUUUGGUCGCUGCUUGGCCUUGCGAGUCGAGUUGGGGCUGUACACAGUAAUGAGUAAUGGUGGAAUUGUAAAUCAUCGUCAGGGAAUGGAUGUUGGGGGUCAAGAUAUUGAGAAGUUAAGUAUUGAUUCAAACUGUCCAUAUGAGUG